CAUAAUGUUAUUAUGGAUACUCCAUGCAUGUUCGCAAGAGCGAAAUUUAGAGAAAAAAAUGAACAAAUUUGAUGUCAAGAUACAACAGUUAGCACAUAGAUUUCAAAGAACAGGACAUCAAGAUGAUGAAACCUGCUACAUUUUAAUUCAGUGCUUAAAAGAAGAGGCAGAAAAAUGGAUUAAGGUAGCCAAUUUUGAGCAAGCUGAGGAAUGCUACAAUUUUGCAAUUUACUGUCAUUCCCUUUAUAAGGGUAAUAAAGUUCUUCUAUCACAUGAAGAUCAAGCAGUAUUGUGGAGUAAUAGAUCAUUAGUAAGAUGCAAACAGAAAAAACUUCCUGAGGCUUUUGAAGAUGCCGAAAAGUGUAUAGAGCUUCACCCCAGAUAUGUUAAGGGAUACUGGCGUGCAUCACAGGCCAUGCGUGGUAUGGGUAAAUUUUCCUUGGCUGUAGAAUAUUUGUUUAGAUACCUAUCACUGGAACACCCCAGUGACGAUGACUUUGUAUGCUUUAUGACAGAAUUAGCUGUUCUAAUAACUUAUUUUAAAGGUGAAUCAGAAUGGAGAGAAUGUGAAAAGUUUAACAUUUUCAUAACAGACUCCCCAUUAGUAUGGAAUCGAAUAAUUAAAUCACUCUUUGAUCAACAAGAAUAUGAAGCCAUUGCUGUUCUUACUCUUGGGGACUGUGGCAAGCCUCAAAUUCCUAAAACCAUUUUGCACAGCAUGGCAAAUAUUCCUGGGCUUUCAUUUAAGAAUUUUAAUGUUGGACAAAUGUUAUCACAUGUAAUUAACAAGGAAGGACUAAAAUUAUGGCACUUAAAGCUAUCUUCUUUGAUGUUAAAGAAAAAUGCCAAUAUUCACUCUAUCCAAGAAUGCUUUUCUAAACCUUUACUUGUCAUAAUGACAUCUCUCAGCCUUGAAGGGGAAAUGCCAGAGUUUCUCAAUUUGGCCUGGAAUAAAUUAACACCAGAUAAAUAUGAUGAGGCUGACAAUGAUGGUGAUACUGCUUUACACGUUUGGGCAAAAAGUAAAAACAACUCUAAACCACAUGGAAUAGAAAUUUGUAAAGAUUUGUUAAAACAUGGUUGCCUUGUUAAGAAAAAUGCCGUAGGAAAUAUUCCCUACCAAUAUUUAGCAAAGUCUAAUAAAAUGUUUGAAGCUUUAACAGAAUUUGGAAGUACAGCUGAUGCUGCCAUUUGUAAUAGAAUAGAUCUAAUUAGAAUAUCUGGCAACGAAGCCUUACAAAAAGACAAUUUGCAAGAAGCCAUCAAACUCUAUGAUAAAGCCAUUGAAAUCUCAGAAAUUUACAGUCUGAAACCACAGUUGUCUGUUCUCUAUAGCAACAUGGCUGCCGUUCAUAUAAAACUUGAAGAUUAUAAAAGAGCACUCUUAGCUGCUGACAAAAGUAUUCAAGCUAUGCCCUCUCCAAAGGCUUAUUAUCGCAAAGGACAAUCACUAAUUGAAUUGGGACAGAAUUCCAAAGCAUUUGAUACUCUAAUGAAGGGUUUUACAGAGACUACUGAAGAUGUAUAUAAGAUUAAAUUUAUCGAGGAAGCUGCAUGCCUGCUUGUAUCAAUGAAUGAAAAAGAAAGGGGUUCCCGCACUCUGAAAGUCAAAGGUGCUGAUCAUUUGUGGCCAAAGUUAUUACAGAAUCUUACUCAGAGUGGAAAAUGGAAUAUAGUCUAUAAGAUGAUCACUGGGUCUCCAUUAUUUGACAUUGGUCCCAUUAAGAACAAUGAUGCCAGUACAGUCAUAUUAUCUUCAAUAUUUGAUGUGCUAGAUAAAGAGUACCUUGAUUUUGAUCCAUCUCUACUACUGAAACUACUUCUUCAACAUGGUGCCCCACCAGCCAGCCUGGCUUCAAAAGAUGAAUCUUAUUUUCAUUCUGCAGUUCGAUUCUGCCUUGCCACAGGUAACAAACUGAUCUUGGAUGUAAUUCUUGAAAUGGAUUUAUAUAAGACAGUUACAAAUGCACUUGAUGUGAAUAGCCAAACACCACUUCAUGUCCUGUGUCAGGUCAGCAGCAACAGCGGUUUGGAUGAUGAAUUUGUCAUCCACAUGGCCAGAGAUUUAAUUAAGAAAGGAGUUAACCCGCAUCACCUAGAUUCCAAACAGAAAUUAGCGAUUAACUAUACCCUUUCUGGAUCACAGCUAAGAAAAUUUCUAGGAGGUCCAAAACAAGACAGUAGUAUGGACUGGAAUCUUUUAAAAGAGAAUGGAAAUGAAGCAUACAAAUUAGAAGAUUAUAAGAAAGCCAUAGAUCUUUAUACAGAGGCCAUUUUCAUGCUUGAGUCAAAUGUACAGAGUAAUAAAACUUCAGAUUUUCUAAAUGACGUAGAUGGGCACAACCUGUCUGUUCUCUUUGGGAAUCGAGCUGAAUGUUGGUGUAAAUUGAACAACAAGCAACAAUUUCUUGAUGAUGCCAAGAAAAGUGUGGAAUAUGAUGGGAACUGGUACAAGAGUCAUCAAAGAGUUGGUCGAGCAUUUCGAGCUAAAAAUAAAUACCAACAUGCUAUUAAAGCAUUUAUGAACACCUAUAGAUCUCUGAAAGUGACAGACUCAGCAGAAGUACGAGAAAGUGUUUUAAUAGAUUUAGCUGAAACAGCUGUUGAUUUAAAUGAUCAAGGAGAAAAGUAUCUGAUGGAUUUGUGCAAUAUUAAUGUAUGGGCUAAAAUAUCACUUGCCUGCAUCAGAAAGAAAAAAUACAGAAUUUCAGAAUUCAUAGCAAAAAAGAUAUGUAUGCAAAAUGAUCCACAAUCAAUAGGACAGCUGAGCAGUGAAGUAAAACUGGAUGUGUUUUGUAACAAAGAUUUGCUGAACUCCCAACAUCUCAAAUGGGUGCUCAAUUACAUGGUGUGGUGGCUGUUUGCUGGGGCUGACUAUACGACUCUCAAGUUUCACCCUGGGGACACUUUCUUCCAUGCCACUAUAGCUAUUGACGUUUUGUGUCCUGCACCUCCACAGGAUAAGGUCAAAUUUAAAGAGGAUUAUCAUGGCCUACUGUUUUAUAUUGUGGAACAGGUUGUUCAACGGUUGGGUCUUGAGAACAGUAGAGAUGACAAAGGAAACACUGUGUUACAUUUGCUUGCUACAUUAAAGGGUUCUGACUCAGUGAGAGAAUUCUUGGCCCAUUUUUUAUUGGGUAUAGGUGUUGAUGUAUUGGCUGAAAAUAAUGACAAAAAACUGGCCAUAGACUUGUUGGGUCAAAAUGAUCACAUUAGAAAAUUGAUACAGCACCAUACCAAUAUUGAGAGGACCCAACAGAAAUUACAACAGAGGAAAGAAGAAACAAAACCACAAGUAUUUAACAAAGAUACCACACAUUCUCAACAGCAGGUGAAAGAGGAAACUAAACCACAGAUAAUUAACAAAGAUACGACAAAUUCUGUAAAAGAUUCGACAAGUUCUGUACACAUGGGCAGAGAAAGAAAAAAAGCUGAACAAUAUGAGCAUAAAAAACCAGUCUUUGAAGAAAAAAAGAGAAAACAUUCCUCCCAAAAUUCUAAAAAAAGAGCAUGUGACUUUUGUGAAAAGAAACUUCGAGACUCUUCAGACCACCAGCAACAAGGAAAUCAUGAGAAAGCUUUCCUUCAGUUGGUAGACGUUAUUAAUAGUCACCACAAUGAAGAUAUUCGACAUAAAGGAUUUCGUCAGCAGAGCAUUGAGCGGGUUGCUGCACUACUUAGUGUCAUAUCAGAAAUCCCAACAUGUUUAAUCAAACACAUCAGUGGAGAUGGCUGUAAGGAUGUUCUAAGGACAUUAGCUUCCUCUCACAAAUGGCAGUUGCUGAAAAGUUUGACUAAACAGUUUCAGUUAGUCAGGGGUGCUAAACCAUUGUCAGAUUUUGCUAAAUCCAUUUCUUUAUUAGAUGUCGUCAAUGCAAGGGAAAUAAUGCAAAAUAAGUCAGAAGCUGAAUUAACUAAAAUAGAACUAAUUACCUUAUUUUUAAACUAUGGGGCUAAAGUACAAGAGGACACCUCACUAGAAGCAUUGGAAAUCUGCAUGAAAAAUUCAGAAUGGAAGUUAGUCUUGCUCCUUCUAGAUAUUGGAGCGAAUCCUAAAGGGAUUACUUUGAACCCUAAAGACACUCCCAACCAUGCUGCCUUACAAGUUGCACUUUUUAAAAAACCAGGCGAUUUCACCAUCUUAGAGAAGUUACAAUCUCUGUAUGAAAGUGACAGGAAGAAAUAUCCAUACCUGAAUAUCUCAUGUCAAGAUCAAGAUGGAAACACACUGCUGCAUGUAGCUGCUCAGGCCAAGUUUUCCCAGCAUUCAUUAAGAGCUAUAGAAGUCCUAUGUGGCAACCAUGCCCCAGCCAAUGUAGAGAACAAAGAAGGGAAGCUGCCUGUCCACUAUCUGUCAAGUAAAACAGACAGGCGAGCACAGUACUUGUGGAAUGUUAUGAGUGAGGACAAAAUCACAACAGCACAAAAACCAAUUGUGUUUCCAAAAACCAGUGAACCAGAUGAACCAGAUCCACAGACAAAACCUGCAAAACCUACCAAAAAAAAGGAGACAAGUACAAAAAAUGUUCAGUCUUGUAGGGAAGAAGCUGAAGUGCUGUUGAACAAUUUACCUGUUGUAAACUACAACCUCCUACUAAAUGAAAAUAAAAAGAAGAAAGAAGUUGACCAGCAUGAGUCAGAUGAUGAUGAGGAAGAUGAAGGCUCGAGUGAGGAGUCACAGAAAGAUGAGCUAAAUUAUGAAGCAGAGGAAAUAAAACCCACAGAGUAUGAAGAUGAGUCUGACAUUGAUGUUGAAGCAUUUGAUAGUUUAGAAUGGGAAGUAGAAUGUACAGAGGAAGUCUGGAGUCUGCUGAGGAGUAAAAAGAAGGAAGAAAAAAGUGAAAAUCACAGCAGUACAGGGAAGUCUAAAAAGGAAAGGCUUUCUGACCCCAUGAAAAAAUUUAUUGUAAAGAAAAUCCAGCAACUAGCAUCUGGGGACUGGAAGCCAUAUCUACUGUGUAAAGUCAAGGGUGUUCCAAGUACACUGCACCUUUUUACAAUUUCAUUACCACAAGGUGGUUGCAUUAUCUGGGAGUUAGCCAUUGCCUUUUCCCCUCGACGCAGUGAAAUAGCGGAAAAGUUACUAGAAUAUGAAAGUGGAGAUGCUGGCGCAGAAAUAGCUGGAGGGAAAAUUUAUUCAGAAUUAAUACGAGUCUGGAAUAUUGUCUUAAAAAAUGCAGAUUUCCCACGUUGUGUGCAUAAAAUUGUCAGUUCUCAUCAACGUGGAGAAAGUUGUAUCAUUCAGAAAAGUUUAGCUGGUUUGUCCAGUUCAGUUCUCACAAGUUCAAGCUCCGCAUCACGGAUCCCAGUGUUGUUUUUUGAGAGUGAACGACAGCAAGCUGUGGUGGAAAAAACUUCUCGCUACUUCCCACCAGCAAGUUCACAUAAAAAUGAAUUUCAUAUUCUCAAGUUUUAUUCAUUUUCUUCAUCUCUUGUAGGAGCUAUUUUAAGCAAAUCAGACCUCAAGAUUGACUUCCCUUUUCGAGUGACUGACCUGGAGCAUGCUAUUAUUAACUUGGACUCCCAGUCUCCUCUGUUAUUGCUGGGGCGUAGUGGAACAGGCAAGACUACUUGCUGCUUGUACCGCUUGUGGGCCAUGUUUUUGUGCUACUGGGAACAGGCAACCAAGUACAAUGCCCCUCUCUUGUCCAGAUACCUUUCUGAAGCUGGUGAAGUGGAGGACACACAACAGGCUGUGGCUGCAAUAAAAGCUGAGAAAGUUGAAGAAGCCCAAGAGGUAAAGGAGGACAUAGGGGAUACAUUAGAUGAAGCAGAAGAUGUAAUAUAUGAACACCUUCAUCAGCUGUUUGUAACAAAGAACCCUGUGCUGUGUACAGAAGUAGAAAAAAACUUCCUCAAACUGCGCCAUGCUACAAAUAUACUACAUGAACACAAUGCUGUUCCAAAUAAUCCUUUGCCGAACACCUUACAGGAUGUGGAUGACUUCUCUUACCCUUUGUUCCUGACAUCCAGACAACUUUUGUUGAUGCUGGAUGCUUCCAUUGAUGGCCAGCCAUUUUUCCCCCGGGAUGAAGAUCUUGCAUUAAAGUUUCCCAUACCUGGAUGGGGAACCCAGGAAGAUAUAUUUAACAUCAUUCCUCUGAUGCACGACUUCUUCGACAGCUCUGAUGAAGAGGAUGAUGAUGACCCAGGGAAAGCCAAGAAAAUCAAAACAGCCCAUCAACCAGCACCUGAGGUCAACCUAAAGGCUAAAACAGAUCUGAGAAGAGAAUGUACUUACGAAGUGUUUGCCUAUGAAAUCUGGCCUAAAGUCAGCAAAAAAACAAAUAUAAAUUGUCACCCUUCACUAGUAUGGACUGAAAUCAUGUCUUUCAUCAAAGGAUCUUAUGAAGCUUUGUACACAGAGAAAGGUUACCUAGACAAAAACCAGUACUUAGAUUUGGGCAGGAAAAGAGCCCCCAAUUUCAGUGGUGACAGGUCCCUGGUUUAUGAAGUGUUUUUACGCUAUGACAACUACAAGCAGCAGCACUUCCUGUUUGAUGAGGCCGAUUUUGUAUUCAGAGUCUACACCAGGCUCAAGCAGAUGGCAUACUACCCAUGGAUCUUGCAUGAAAUAUAUGUGGAUGAGACACAAGACUUCACACAAGCUGAACUGGCGCUGCUGGUUUCCCUUUGUCAUGAUCCAAAUAAAAUGUUCCUAACAGGAGACACAGCCCAGGGCAUCAUGAGGGGAAUAUCCUUCAGGUUCAAGGACCUGCAAUCUUUAUUUUACUUUGCCAAGAAUAAAGCUAAGGAAAAUGAGAAAUAUCUAGCUGAAAUCAAGGUCCCACAGAAGGUUCACCAGCUGAGACACAACUACCGCUCUCACACUGGCAUCCUGUCCUUGGCCUCUGCUGUUCUGGACAUUUUGAUGGAGCUUUUCCCUGAGUCUUUUGACCAGCUGGAGAAGGAUCAGGGCAUGUUUGCUGGACCAAAGCCUGUCAUUAUAGAGUCUUGUAGUCCAGAGGAUCUAGCCCUGUUGUUGACUGGCAACAGGAGGAAGACAUCCCACAUUGAGUUUGGGGCACACCAGGCCAUCUUGGUUGUCAAUGAUGAAGCCAAGGAACAUCUGCCAGAAGAAUUAAGCACCGCAGUUGUUUUAACCAUCUACGAAUCAAAAGGGCUGGAAUUUGAUGAUGUUCUUAUCUACAAUUUUUUCAAAGAUUCUCAGGCUAAAAAAGAGUGGCGUGUGGUUACUUCAUACUUAGAAACAUUAGCAGCAAACGUGAAACAACAGAGCAACGAUCAGGGCCUUGUUGAAAUAAACGCAGAACUUCUACUUGAACCCAGCCACCCCAGACCUAUUGAGUUUAACCCUAGUCAGCACAAGCUCUUGAAUUCAGAGCUCAAGCAACUGUACACAGCUCUUACUCGUGCUAGGGUUAAUGUUUGGAUAUUUGAUGAAGAUGCUGAGAAACGUGGGCCAAUGUUUGAAUACUUCAAGGUCCUAAAGUUGGUUGACUGCAUAGGAAACACAGAAUCAGACACAAUCAAUGAUGAUUUGAUGUUUGCUGAAACCUCCAGCAUGGUGGAGUGGAAGUAUGCUGGUGACAACUACAUGAAGCAGCAUCUUUACUCAGUGGCUGCCAAGUGUUACAGGAAAGCUGAGUUGCCAGACAAGGAGAAACUAGCAUUAGCCUACCAAACAGCCCUGGAAGCUUCAAGGUUGAAAACUUCUCCAAAAGAAAUGCGUGAUAAAUACCUGAGGGCUGGUAACCAAUUUUUGAAGUGUGGAGAUUUGCACCGGGCUGCUCUCUGCUUUCAGAACUCUAGAGAUUAUUCCCUCGCUGCUUUAGCUUAUGAAAGAAAUGGAGAGUUUGAGGAAGCUUCUGUCCAGUACAGACGAGUCCAGAAUACUCUAGAAGAAUCUCGAUGUCUGGAACAGAUUGGGAAGUUUAAUCGUGCUAUACGUGUCCUGGUGGAAAAGAAAUUUUUUGAUCGAGCUAUUGACUGUUUGCACAGAUAUGACAUUCUAAUCAAUAAAUUGAAACAAGAAAAAAAGGUUAUUCCAGCAGUUCUGUUAGAGAGCAAACCAAGUGACACGUACUCUGAGGAGCGACUGUGUUAUAGUGCUGCUGAAUAUCACCAUGAACUUAAUGACAAGAGCAAAACAUUGGCAGCCAUUCACCGUGUCAAGGACAAAGAUGUACAGAUCAACUUCCUUCAGAAGAAAGGAUAUCUGAUAGAAGCUGCUGAAAUUAUGAGGAAAACAGGUGACACAGAACAAGCGGCAACUCUGAUGCUGAUGACUGGUGAGACAGACAAGGCUCUGGAGUAUGCCAAGGAUGGAUUGCACAAGGACUUGAUUGGACAAAUACACCUAGUGCUUGCCUUCAAAUAUGAAACACAUGAACAGUUUGACAUAGAAAAGUUAAAAGAACAUGCAAACAAAGCACUGGAUGUCUAUAUUGAACAAACAGACAAAAAUGGACAAGCCAUGGCUAAUUUAAUUCUAGGCAAACACACAGCAGAUCCCAAGCGAAUCAAUAAAGCAAUGAAAAAAUUUGGAGCUAAGCCACUGAAUGAAGCAGGUAAAUUAGAAAGUUUUGCUGCUCUCAUGGAGAUUGGAGAAAGUCUGGCCACAUUGGAGGAUUGUUAUCAGGUUUUGAGGAACAUCACCCUAGGACUGGCUGUGGUGGAGAUGUUACUGAGCACCAAGCCAGACAAAAGUGAGCAACAGCGCCUGUUUUUACACUUCUAUGGCAUGCGUGUGGACUCUGAGAAGCAGCAAGUCAGCUGGCACCCCCUGGAGUACCCCAUGUGUGGCAGGUUCAUGGACCAGCCCACAGACUUGGAGCAAAACAAGGCUGUUACGGUGGACAGAGAGGAGGCAACAAAAAAAGUGGCUAACUAUAUCAGUGUAAAGAUUUACUCGUGGGUGGACAAGAUAAAAUCUCAGCUAGACAAGCUGAAGCCACAAUAUGUCCCAUGCAGAAACUACAUAGAGGGGCGCCAGUGUGAUCUGGUUGACUGUAAAUUUACGCACAAACUCAUCACACAAAAAGAAGAAGAAAGAGAAGCUUUCAAAUUUUUCUCUUGUUGUGUGCAGCUGGACUACUGCCUACAAACUGGUCUAGAGAAACUGGACAAGGAGAGUAGAGCUAAGAUCUCCUUGAAUGGGUUCACCUUUAGAGAUGCCGAGUGGCUGUCAGUGAUAGAACUGCUUGAUCUGCUGCUGCCAGUCAUGCACCCACCUACAAGAGCUAGCCAAGACUAUGUUAACAAUUUGAUGAAAAGUUUACACAAAGACUGCAGGGCACAAGUAUCAAGAUAUUUUCAUUACUUGUGGUUGAACCAAGGCCGAGUAGGAAAGGGCAUAUCAAAAAGUCUCCUGAAAGAGCAGUGUAAAUCAUGUGACUGGAUUGUCCAAGCUGCCUUCUACUCUAAGCUACUCGCACUUAAAGAUCUUGAUGUUGCUCAAGAAGUUCAGAAUUUAGAGGAGCAGCUAAUGAAACUUGAGAAGCCAUGGUUUAAAAAGACCAACAAAUAUGCCCUUCAUCCUCCCUAUAGAACGAAAUCUGGAGAGGUUCUCAUUGAAACUCUAGGUGCCCGUUUUGUGGAGUCAUUGGAAUUUAUUGUCUCCCUUGAUCCGUAUGAAGCCUUGUUCACAUUCACAAAGAUGCUCAGCUCUCUAGGUUUUCGUGGGCAGAAGAAACUGAUGCCAAGACUGGAUCAUCUAGUCUUCUGGGUUGAAUACAACUUUACUGUCAGUUGGUACUUCAUAGCACAUCAUUGUUGUGGGGGCAGUCAGCCCUUCCCUUUCAUCAUGACAAGCAAUUUGUUUGCCAAUGUCAACCUGGUCAACCAUUGCCUGGACAACGCUGGACACAAAAACACAAUACAGCAGCUGAUCUCACAGUACCAGCCACACAAGGUCAAGUUCAUGAUCAAAAGACAGGAUCACAUCAGCAACUUUCUUGUGGGCCAUAAUGAGUUUAGCAAGUUUAGUCUGAUCAACUGCUUUAAUGAGAUGUGUGCACAAACCCCAGCACAGUAUGUUCUGGCUGAACGCAUCCUACUGCUAGCCCUGGUCUGUUUGCUCAACAUCCCAUAUGCUGUUAUCAAUAAAAACUAUGAGGUGCAGAUCAGGAGAGAGCUAUUUAAGCUAAUUGUUACCAAGUCCAUGCCCGCCCCAUUGGCCAAACUUGUGAGUCUGGUAAAACAGGCCACAACAUUUAAAGAUGUCACAGUCGCCACUGAGGAUUUUGUCAGGUCACAAGGAGAUGUAUCCCUGUAUGACUGUCAGUGGCUCGGCAGAGAGUCGUGUCCCCUCAAGUGGCAGCCCCUUAAGAUAGCAGAUUAUCCACAGCAUGAGUUCAUUCAUGUCAAUCUUAAAGAUUUGGCAGAGUCCAGCAAUGUCAAGGUAGCAAGUGUCAGUGAGGUGAUGGAUGAAGAUGAUUUGAAGAAAUUGGAAGAGAAGAAAAGGGAAAUGGAAGCACAAAAAUGUGCCCAACAAGACCAGAAAUUAAAAUUAAAGAAAAUUAUUCGCUUCCUAAAAGUGUGUAUAAUGAAAAACCGACUUAAAAAUAAAUUGUUUAGAACAUUUGAAGUGGAAGAACUGUUUGUUUCAUUUGCCAAAAAAUCCCAUUUUUGUGGCAUAUGUGGACAGGAGUUGACAGCUGGAGGCAUAAGUGGGCCAGAGGUCACAGUUGGAGCUGAUUCAAGCACCUUGGAACUUGAAGACAAGCAAGAUGAAUACUCCCACUACGCAAGUGUUGCUCACAAACUAAAUGAAACAGCUUUUCAGAAGUUCAAGGAACUCUAUGCCACUCAUAUCCACGGAAAACUUGAUGAAAUCAGGCGGUUCUUAUCAGAGUUUGAAGUUGAGGAAAAGUCUGACAUCUAUGCUGCCAUUAAGAUGGACGUGGCUCAAGUCGUUGACAAACUAGAGAGCUUCAACAAGUCAUAUAACCAGAUUAAAGAUGACAGAAAAUGGUUGGAGAGAGAUGAAGUCUUGCGUCAGUUCUCCUAUCUAAAUGAUAUUUUUGUUGAAAAGAAGCUGAGCAUUGAAGAUCAACAUAAGAAAUAUAAGGAAGACGUGAAUGUGGAGAAGGAAGCAUCAAGUCAAGUUGAACUGUCAGAAGAGCAUCAGGAAGAGAUCAAAGAGGUUUGGGGUGAAGGGGAUAAUGUGGAACACAAUUAUCCCGAGAGACCGAGGGAGAAAAAGUGGGAGAAUCGUGGUCGAGGACAAGGAGCUAAUUACCCUGGCAGGGGAGGGCAAGGAGUUUAUCAAAAUGGCAGACGGAUUAGUAGUCGAGGAAGGGGAUACAACAAUAGGAAUAGGGAAGAGUUUCAGAGAGAUUUACCACCAAGAUUUAGAAAACAGUUCAAUAGUAGCUGAUUGACAUUUACUACCAACAGAAACACACUGUCAUGUGAUUGGUAAAUGGAACUAGUCAUGAAAACAUUUUUGACUUGAUUUCUAAGUUUAAAAAAUGAACCUAGAAAAAUUUAACUUCUUCAUAUUGUCUUUAACUAGAUGUGUUUUACAAGAUAACUUUCUGUUUCAGUAUUUAUGCAACAUAUCCAAUACUAUUCAUUUUCUUUUCUUUCUGUGAAGUUUUAGCUUGUUUUAAAAUAAACUGAAUCAAAAUAGUAUGUAAGAAUUAUAAUACUUCAUUUAAAAAAUCACUUUAUUAAAUUAUUUUUGUUUUGCUAAAUUCAUGUACACUGAGUUAUCAGUUUUUUAUUGAAAUAUUUGGUUAUGUUACACAAUCCACAAAAACAUGACUGUACUUAAGUUUGUAGUUGCCAUUUGUUUGGUUGAUGUUAAAGAAAAAAACAACAUUCCACUCUCAAUAUGGUUCUGGUUGAGAAGGUUUUUAUGUUUCUUGCUUUGUUUAAUUAAGUUUGUUACUUAUUUGAGUUUGUGGAAUAUCAUUGUUGUUUGAUUAAACUUGUAUCAAUCUCA